UGAAAGAAUAAUUAAUAGAGAGAUGAUAUAUAUGAUGAGUAAAGUGACACCAAAAGUAUAUAUUACAUAAUUAAUAUAACUCUAUUUCUACCUUACCUGAUUGUCACUUCAUUCUCUCUAUAGACUAAAAUAGAAACAUACAUCACACAAAACACAAAUCACCCCUCUAUAAAUUCUUGUGGCAUAUGCCCUUUUAAUUUCAAGAUUAAUCACUGCAUGCUUUUCAUCCAUCCCAAAAAAAAAAAAAAAAAAAAAUUAUGGCUUCUUCGUCCAAUGCGCAAUUGAUGGAAAACCCGUUUUCUCAACAACCUCAACCGAAUGUUAUUCACGUUUCAGAUUCCCGCGACGAAAUCAAUGAGGAUCCCAUGAUGAGAUACAUUCCACUGCACAAGGCGGCAUUAGAGGGAGACUGGGAGACGGCGAAACGAAUCUUCGACCGGGACCCGCAAGCCAAAUCUGCGGCCAUCAACAGCGUAGGGCUGACACUUCUCCACGUGGCGGUUGGGACAGGGAAGAAGGCGAUUCACUUUGUGCGAAACAUGGUUGAAUUAAUAAUGAUGGAUGCCGAUAACUGCGAGGAACUGAUGAUGGCACGGACGAUUAAAGGUGGCCAUACCGCACUGCACACCGCCGCGCAUGUAGACAACACGGAAGCAGCAAUUAUUCUAGUCAACAGGAUGCCCCGUCAGCUGUACAGUCCAAAUAAUAUCCGCAACGAUUUUCCAGUGCAUACAGCGGCGCUUUUUAGCCACAAAAGAACGCUUCUCUACCUUCUUCAGGCGACCAAGGAGCAAACGCCUUAUGAUUGCUAUGAUGGACUCAGACUACUUGUAUACCUUAUUCAGGCUGAAUUUUCGCGCUUCUAA